UGCCUUUCGAUAAACAAUUGAGAAGUCCUUGAAAAUAUAAGAUAUGGAUGGCAAGCAAUCUAUAGAAAAAACGAAGAGUGGCACUAAAGUUGCGUCGUGAAUCAUUGAUUUAUAAACACACCUUAGCAUCCCCAAAGAAUGGACACAUUUAUUCUAUAGACGCGCAACCAUAGUGAGCCUACAGGAACUCCGCUGUACAGUGUCGUAUUUAGAGCCAACUUGUGUAGACUUCGUACAUGAUACUAGGCUAAUUAUCGGUCAUUGUUUUUAAUCAAACCAAACAUCAACUAUUUAGGCUGGGAAGAAACGAGUGAAGAAUUAUGAACGGGAUUGUCGAAGUUCUAGCGUCUUUUCUUGGUUUUCUGGCCUGGGUGAUGGUCGGUGUUGCUCUACCAAACCGAUACUGGAGAGUUUCCUCUGUGGAUGGAAACAUUAUCACCACAUCAACCAUUUAUGAAAACCUAUGGAUAUCAUGCGCCACCGACUCCACAGGGGUUAGCAACUGCCGUGACUUUCCAUCUCUGCUCGCUCUUUCUGGAUACAUACAGGCCUGUAGGGCGUUGAUGAUCACCUCAAUCGUGUUGGGAAGCCUGGGUAUCGUGGCGGCCCUGGUGGGAAUGCAAUGCACCAAAGCAGGAGGAGAGGACUACGUCCUGAAGGGCAGAAUCGCUGGUUUGGGGGGCAUGCUCUUCCUCCUGCAGGGCUUGUGCACCAUGAUCUCGGUUUCCUGGUAUGCCUACAAUAUUACCCAGGAGUUCUUUGACCCCUUUUAUCCAGGGACAAAGUAUGAGAUUGGAGAGGGCCUUUACAUCGGCUGGUGCUCCGCCACGCUUGCCAUCUGUGGAGGGUCGUGCCUGCUGUGUUCAUGUAAACUGGGGACACCUGAGGAGAAACUGCGGUACACAUACCAGCCCCCCACCAGAGGAACAGUGUUCUCAGGGCACUCGGCCCCCCAGCCCCCCACCAGAGGAACAGUGUUCCCAGGGACCUCUGUCUCCCAGACGCCCAGCCAGUAUGGCAGGAACGCAUACGUGUGAAGGAUUAGGGAUGGGGCGGAGAUCCCUUCCAUAGAUUGAGAUUUGCCAAGAAAAACAUUGCAGGUGGAUUCGAUGAGAAAGCUGGAGUUCCAGCUAUGUGGAUAAUGGACUACCUGCAUAUGAAGACCCACCUUCUAUGUAGAAUAUGAGUUGACAACUGCCAAAUGUCCUCCCAUGUGAUGUCCGAUGCCUCUGAUAUAUAUUGUAGUUUGUUAUAGAUUUGUAGGCAAAGGGUGUGUUAUACCAUUCACUCUUCAUAACUGGGAGUAUUUGAACUGCACCCUUGAUUGAGGUUGGAUAAUGUAUUUGAAUUAUAAAUAAAUUUAUGAUAUAAACAUAACAUGAUUAGUUAUGUUGCUGUUUACGCUGAGGGAUGUUGUUCACAUGACGGUUUAUCCUUCCAAAAUGUACAUAUUUUAUGUUUUAUAAACAGUGUGUUCUUUCCUGGGGAUGGUCAGUGUAGGCGAGCUCACAUAGGUGUGAUUCAUUGGUCAGCACACCCAUAACAGUGCAGUUUUAAUAAGGACCGACAAGCCCAGAAUUUCCAUGUAUGUGUUGGUCUUUACUUUAAUGUUGAUGGGCUGUACAUUUAAUCAACUGGUUUUAUAUUUGAAAUGGUUUCCUGUAUUUUUCUAUUGACAAAUAAAUAUUGUUUGAC